UAGGUCUAACUACUAUCGAAAAACUAAUAGAGGAUUGUUGCCAGUUAAAUGGAUGCCACCAGAAGCGUAUUUGGAUGGAAUUUUUACAAGUAAAUCUGAUGUCUGGGCCUAUGGUAUCACAUUGUGGGAAAUAUUUUCAAUGGCCAGCGAUCCAUAUCCUGGAAAAGUAAACCAAGAGGUCAUGCAAUUUGUCUUAGAUGGCGGAAGAUUGCCUUCACCUGAGAAUUGUCCUUUGUCUAUAUCUUACAUAAUGACCUGCACUUGGGACUCUAAUCCAGAUGUACGGCCGUCUUUCUCAACUAUCGUUCAGAAACUCCAAUACUGCUAUGAGGAUCCGGACACGGCAACUUAUACAUUACCAACGUUCACAUACAACCAUUCAAAAGUAAAUUUUGUUGAGCUCCCCGAUCUACAUGAGAACUCCCUGUCUAAAAGAGACGCUAAGAAAUGUUCUCACCCUUCUUUGUUUUCUGAAUCACUUUCUGAAAUAUCAGAACAACAUUCAUCGAACAGACAGAUUAACAAUGACAGUAAUGAGCUCAGUUCUUGCUCGGAUGACAUCUACAAGAAUUCUACUAAAGAGGGCCACCAAGAUAUUAGCCCAGAACAAUGUAAUCGUAAAGGUGAGCUCCUUGUUCCUGGAAUACGUUCUUUUAUAAAUUAUUUGUAUAUGAAUCAAGAAUUACCAGACCCUAACAAUGAGAAUACCUCACAGCUUGACUCCAGAGAAAAUAGUACUGAAAACCAAGCAGAUAAGAAUUCAGACAACAACCUUCUUCACAGUCAGCAUAAUCAUAAUCAUCAUCUUACGACUACUUCUUUUCCAUCUCCUACUCCUACCCCUCAUACUGAUCAUCAUCAUUAUCAUCUCCAACCGCAACUACAAGACAGUCCACGUCAAUCAAAUCCACAAAGCCAACAACAAAGCCGCAGUAGAAGUAGUAGCAGCAGUAGCAGCAGUAGUAACAACAUUAAAAACCACAAUAACAACAGUCACAAUCAACAACAACCAAAUAUGCUGGAGUUGCUGCAACUUGAUAGUCUUACUAAAACUUCCGAUUUUCAAAAUGGUGAAGAUAAAACAAACUGUCGGAAACAACAACAAAUACAACUGCAGCAACAGCAGCAACAACAACAACAUCAGCAGCAACAGAAACAACAACAACAACAACAGGAGUUACAGCUACAGCAGCAGCAAAACUUAACUGAGCAAGAAGACGAUUUGAAUAAUAAACAACAAAAUGAAGAACCGCUCCAACAACAGCUAGAACAACUUCAAGAAACUGAAGAAUAUGACCGUUAUAAUGCUGAUUCUUUCUCUUUGUCACCUACAAAGGUACCAUUGCUUUCAUCCACAGACUCUGAUGUAAGUAAUUAUGAAAAUGAUAGCUUUCCUAAGAAUUCACGUUGUAAAAGUCUUCGAAAAUCAUCGCAAAACUCAAACUAUAUUCCGAUGAGAAAGGUACAGGAUAGCCCAACCGAAUCAAAAUACAGCAAUCUUGAUACAAACUCUAUUUAAUUAAUCAAGUCGUAGAUAAAAGCGAUUCUAGCAGUUCAAAGUGAAGUAACUGCAUUUAUUAGAGAUCGGUUUAUCAACGAAAUAUAUUACAACUGAGCAUCAUUUUUAAAAACAGGGAAAAGAAAAAGAAAGAAAAGAAACUGAAAAAAUUAAAGACCUUUAAGGCGGCGGGGAAUAUAGUAUUGUUGUUGUUAUUGUUAUUACUAUGACCAUGUUAGAAAUUAAUAUUUUAUGUAAUGUUAAAAAUCAUUAUUACUGUUAUUAAUACAUGAUUACAUUUUUUGUUUAAAAAAGCGAAACGUGUCUACUAAUGAAAAGAUAACAAUCAAUGAAAGAAAUCGAAAGUGAGAUAAAAAUCCGGAAACACAAAUCACAUUUCUUCAUUGACUGCUGAAUGUAAUAACCAAUCUAUUGUGUGUUCUCAACAAACAUAUACCUCCUACGUCAGCAUCUUCAUUCCAGUGUGCAUCAAACUUUAUGAAACCGUUUUGUAUCCUAACCAUUCGUGACUUGCCUCUAUUUUGCUUCGGCUUCAAUUAGUUCUAACACAAUGAUGAGUCUAGUGAUCUUCAGCCACGUCAUGUCACUUUAAAGAAACCUAUCUGUAGUUUAUUUUAUGACCUAUAAUCAACAAAUUAAAUUGUAUUAUUAUCA